ACUCCCUCAGCGGUUUUGGAGGGUGGUUUUGCUGAUGUGGCGCUGAUGUGGUGACGUUGACCUGGUCUUAGUCUCACGUGGCGCUUAUGUGGCAUUGGAAUUAAAAAAUAUAUGUAGAGCCCACGUGUCAUCAUCUCUCUCCAAUUCUUCUUCCUCCUCUUUCUCUCUCCCUUAUCUCUCUCUUUUCUUUUCCCCUUCGGCCGUGGCGGCGGUGGGCGGCGAGCGGGUGAGGGCCGGAGCGGCAGCGGAGGGUGUGUCGGCCGAUUCCCCUUCCCUUCCUUGGCUCGCCGAAAUCCCUAAUCCCCAUGCCGCAUUUCGCCUCUCCCCGCGCACAACCUCCGCAUCGCACGCCGCUGGCCUCUGCACGUUCGGCGAAGGCGGAUACAGCCGGAGCACCUCGUUUAGCAUGCACCCCAUCUUGGUGAGCUUUUCCAUCACCGCCGCGUCCAUGGGGCCCGACCAACCGGUCACCUCCUCCACCUCCUUCAUGCCGCCGCCUUCACGCCGCCGCCGCGAGUCGAUAAUGUCGAGCAGGAGCGCGUCGAUCUUGCGGCCCACCUUCCACGCCUCGUAGGUGGCGCGGAUAUGGAGGAGGCUGGCGAGCGGGACGCCGACGAGACGCGCGCGUGGAGUGGAACAGCAUCGCCUGCAGCUUUGUGGAAGACCGUGGCGUCGGCGGCGGCGAUGCUGAAGUUGGCCUUGGCGAUGAUCUCGGCGGCGUUCCGGACAACGCCCUUCUCGAUGUCGAUGCAGCUGUGUCCCAACGCCACCAUGUCGCUCCACUCGCCGAGCAUCUUCGACGUCGUCUCCUCCAUCACGCCGAUCGUGUCCUGCAUCAUCAACAACAGGCACAUAUGUAGCCAUCAAUUAGAAUCAUGUAGAAUAGUGCACGUGUUCUUGUGCAUGGAGAGAAUGAAUUAAUUGGUUGAUUACGUUGAGGUUGGUGGCGGAGAAGGCAGGGGCGAUGAUGCAGCGGUGGCGAGCCCACUCGUCGCCUUCGGCCAUGAUGCGGCCUCUCCCGAACAUGGCCACAUGGGCAUGCGGUCGUGGCGGAAGACGGCGGGCUUGCCCUAGAGCUUGCCGAAGGCGCCGACGGUGUCGGCCUCGUAGGCGGCGCCCUCGCAGACGACUUGGCUAUGCAUCGUGGCGGCGGUUCGGCGACGAGCUCGAGCUGGGCUCGGGUGGUGACGACGACGGCUUGGGCGGAUGAAGACGGCGUCUUCGGUGGUGGACGACGCCGGGGCACCGACGGUGGCGAGGUGGAGACACCCACGACAGGGAGUCGAGGCUCCAUGACGCCGACGUGA